GCCGCCGCCGCCCCGCCGGGGGGGGCGCAGCCCCGCACCCCCCGCGCUCCCGCCAUGCCGGAGAAGCGGCCGUUCGAGCGGCUGCCCGCCGACGUGUCCCCCCUCAACUAUGGGCUCUGCCUCAAGCCGGACCUCAUCGACUUCACCUUCGAGGGCAAGCUGGAGGCCGCCGUGCAGGUGAAAAAUGCAACCAACCAAAUCGUGAUGAACUGUGCCGACAUCGACAUCAUCACCGCGUCCUAUGCCCCGGAAGGAGAUGAAGAGGUUCACGCCACAGGGUUCAACUAUCAAAAUGAGGAUGAAAAGGUCACUCUGUCCUUUCCCAGCACCCUGCAGAAAGGGACAGGGACACUAAAGAUAGACUUUGUAGGGGAGCUGAACGACAAAAUGAAAGGAUUUUACCGGAGUAAAUACACCACCCCCACCGGAGACACGCGCUACGCUGCGGUCACUCAGUUCGAGGCUACUGAUGCUCGCAGAGCUUUCCCUUGCUGGGAUGAGCCUGCUAUUAAAGCAACAUUUGAUAUUUCUUUGGUGGUUCCCAAAGACAGAGUAGCUUUGUCAAAUAUGAACGUGGUGGACAGGAAGCCGUACCCGGACGACGAGAGCCUGGUGGAGGUGAAGUUUGCGCGGACGCCGGUGAUGUCCACGUACCUGGUGGCCUUCGUGGUGGGCGAGUACGACUUCGUGGAGGCGCGGUCGCAGGACGGGGUCCUGGUGCGCGUCUACACCCCCGUGGGCAAGGCCGAGCAAGGGAAGUUUGCCCUGGAGGUUGCUGCUAAAACUCUGCCUUUUUAUAAGGACUACUUCAAUGUUCCUUACCCUCUUCCUAAAAUUGAUCUCAUAGCUAUUGCAGACUUUGCUGCUGGUGCCAUGGAGAACUGGGGCCUUGUUACUUAUAGGGAGACCGCGUUGCUCAUCGACCCCAAAAAUUCCUGCUCCUCGUCCCGUCAGUGGGUGGCUCUGGUGGUGGGACACGAACUGGCUCACCAGUGGUUUGGAAACCUCGUCACCAUGGAAUGGUGGACCCACCUGUGGCUGAACGAGGGCUUUGCCUCGUGGAUCGAGUACCUGUGCGUGGAUCACUGCUUCCCCGAGUACGACAUCUGGACCCAGUUCGUGUCUGCUGACUACACACGAGCCCAGGAGCUCGAUGCCUUAGACAACAGCCACCCCAUCGAGGUCAGUGUGGGCCAUCCCUCCGAGGUGGAUGAAAUAUUCGAUGCCAUUUCCUACAGCAAGGGAGCCUCUGUGAUCCGGAUGCUGCACGACUACAUUGGGGAUGAGGAUUUCCGGAAAGGAAUGAACCUGUACCUGACCAAGUUCCAGCAGAGGAAUGCUGCCACAGAGGAUCUCUGGGAAAGCCUGGAAAAAGCCAGUGGCAAACCCAUUGCUGCUGUGAUGAACACGUGGACCAAGCAAAUGGGAUUUCCACUCAUUUAUGUGGAGGCUGAACAGCAAGAAGAUGACAAAGUGUUGAAGUUGGUCCAGAAGAAAUUCUGUGCCAGUGGACCAUAUACUGGGGAGGAUUUCCCCAUGUGGAUGGUGCCCAUCAGUAUUUGCACGAGCGAGGACCCCAGCUGUGCCAAAAUGCAGAUUUUGAUGGACAAAGCCGAGCUCACCGUGGUGUUGAAGGACACCAAACCUGAGCAGUGGGUUAAGCUGAACCUGGGCACGGUGGGGUUUUACCGCACCCAGUACAGCCCGGCCAUGCUCGAGAGCCUCAUCCCGGCCAUCAAGGACCUGUCCCUGCCCCCCGUGGACAGGCUGGGGCUGCAGAACGACCUCUUCUCCCUGGCCCGAGCUGGAAUCAUCAGCACCGUGGAGGUCCUAAAAGUCAUGGAAGCUUUUGUGAACGAGCCCAACUACACCGUGUGGAGCGACCUGAGCUGCAACCUGGGCAUCCUGUCCACCCUCCUGUCCCACACGGAUUUCUACGAGGACAUCCAGGUGUUCGUCAGAGACGUCUUCUCCCCCAUCGGGGAGAGGCUGGGAUGGGACCCCAAACCUGGAGAGGGCCACCUAGAUGCCCUCCUAAGGGGUCUGGUCUUGGGAAAACUGGGAAAAGCCGGGCACAAGGCGACGUUGGAAGAGGCCCGGCGCCGGUUCAAGGACCACGUGGAAGGAAAGCACAUCCUGUCAGCUGACCUGAGGAGUCCUGUCUACGUGACUGUGCUGAAGCACGGGGACAGCUCCACUCUGGACACCAUGCUGAAGCUGCACAAGCAGGCGGACAUGCAGGAGGAGAAGAACCGGAUCGAGCGCGUCCUCGGAGCCAUCUCCCAGCCAGAGCUGAUCCAAAAAGUUCUCACCUUUGCACUUUCAGAAGAGGUACGUCCCCAGGACACGGUGUCAGUGAUUGGAGGAGUGGCUGGAGGCAGCAAGCAGGGCAGGAAAGCUGCUUGGAAAUUCGUAAGGGACAACUGGGAGGAGCUUUAUAAUCGAUACCAAGGUGGAUUCUUAAUAUCCAGACUAAUAAAGCUCACAGUGGAUGGAUUUGCAAAUGAUAAAAUGGCUGCAGAAGUGAAGGCUUUCUUCGAGAGCCACCCGGCGCCGUCGGCCGAGCGCACGGUGCAGCAGUGCUGCGAGAACAUCCUGCUGAACGCGGCGUGGCUGCGGCGCGACGCCGACAGCAUCCAGCACUUCCUGCAGCAGCGCCGGGCUCCCCCGGCCCCCGUGUGAGCCCCCAGCGCCAGCACCGGCCCCCAGCGCAGCCCAGGGGACCAGGGAGGAGCCCCCCCACCGCUGAUCCACAUGCCAAGAAGUUGGGAGUCUUUUAUUUCCACCCCUCACCCCCUCCUUUAUUUGGUUUUGUUUGGUUUGGUUUUUUUUUUUUUUUUUUUUGGUUUAUUUUCUCCUCUUCCUUCUCCUUCUCCUCCUCCUCCUCCUCAAGCCCGUGGGGAUUGGACCGUGAAUGUAGAGUUUAAAACCGGUUCCUGCUCACACUCCAAGAAUUUGGGAAAAUUCUGUUUGGAAAAAGAAAAACAACAGCGACAGCAAAACAAAAAAAAAUUUAUCAGCGAUUCUGCAGAAAAAGAGAGAGAGAGAGAGAGAGAAAGAAAAAAGUACAAAAAUAUUAAAAAAAAUCAAAAAAAAGAGAGCGAAAAAUCUGUAAAUAUGAUAGUAAUAAAAUAGAGCAUAACAAAACUGUGAAACUUCCUCAAGCCUUGUCAGUGGUUAAAAUAUUUAACACCCCCCCUCUACCCCUUUCCUGACACUCUUAUUGACAGAUGUUCUGUUUUUUACACCCUCCCUCCCUUCCUCCCCCCAAUAAAAAAGAAGAAACCAGGGGGUUUUUAGGUCAGUGGAGAGUCUGGGGCAGGAGUGGGGCCUCAGCCUUGUGUGGAACAGGGUCACUGGGCCAGGCAGGUGUGGAUUCACAGAGUCUGUGCAAGGUUUUGGGGAGAUGUCCCUGCAACCCCCCCCCACCCCAAGGAUAGUAGGGUUCCCCCUUUCCCUUUUGUGUUACCUUUCGGCAAAAAAAAAAAAAAUUCCCACAAAAAACCAGAAAAAAAAACCAACCCCAAACCCCCCAAAACCCCCCCUGUUCUGUUGCUCUUGGGUUCCCCCCUUCCCCUGUCGGUCCCACUCGCUGAUGUCCUUCGUGGAGAGAUCGGGAUUGUAAAGGAAACACCUCUCAGAGCCACAUUAAAGAGAGAAAGGUUCGUGCA